AUGCCCUUUGAGACAAGUUGCUUUGUCCCCGAUCCCAGAUACACCUUCCUAUUCGACCCUACCCCAAGAGAGAACCUCAUCUGCGCUAUCUGCACCGAGUCCCAUCUGAGCGUCCCCUGGAGCUGGGCAGCCAUCAGGGACAGCAAUCCGUCCCUUCUCCCCUGCGGCCAUGUGUUUGGGCACAAGUGCCUCCAGAUCUGGCUCAGGACUCACGACACCUGCCCGGCCUGCCGCUUCCGGCUGAAGUACGACCUUUGCAAGCACCCUAUCCCCCCACGCCGGCUGACCCGCGAGAGCCUCCUGUUGGUGCCGCCGACGAUCCCGGACGGCGGGGCGGUGAGCGAUCAGUGUAGCUGGUGCCGGACCAAGACGGACCAGAUGGUUAUUCUUGAGCUGUGUGUGCCGUUGGCAGGAAGGUACUAUGAGCUCAAGGCGACGUAUGAACGGACGGGGUCGGAGGUCGAUAGGAAGAAGACAGCGACUGCCAAGGGGCACUUGGACAAGGUAUUGCACGGGUUGGUGCCGCCGAAUGAUUGGCAGUGGUAG